UACAUAGAACUUUUUGAUAAAGCUCACUUAUUUUUUACCUUUCUGUCCCUUUUAAAUGGUUAACUAGUUUGUACAACUGCACAACUGCAUUACCUAUAAUACCAGUAUUCUGUGAUUUAUCAAUAAUUAUAUAAUAUUUUUUAACAGAGACAGAGUCUAAUAGAACAACUUCAGUCUAACUAUCCUGACUCAGAUGAGGAUACUUGUUUUCCAGACAACCCACAAAGGAAUAUUUCUGUGGAGAACAAUACCGAAGAAAUUGUUAUUGAUCCACGUCUGGGGAAUAAUAGAUGGUGCACAUGUGGAAAAUGUAUUGUUAUGCCUACAAGUGAAGAGUCUGUUUGUUGUCAGGAGAUAGAAAAAGUGGCUUCUGAAAUUCCCGAAAACUUUACUUGUAUUACUUCAAACCAGUUGUUUCACAUAAUGUGUUUAGACCAAAGAAUAGCCAAUAUACAUUAUGUUAUGAUUACCAACCAACCAAUUCAAGAGGAUCUAAGUUUGCACCAUAGAAAUCUGCGGAGAACAGCAUAUCGAAGCUUUACUUCAUGGAUACAUGGAUUUCUUGGAAAAGGAGUACGCAUUGCCAUACCAUCAUGUGCUGUUGCUGCUGUUCGUGAAGCCUACCCUGAUCCUAAGGGGAAUUAUGUUGGUUUUGUAAAAAUGAGGGAUUAUUGUGCAAUGGAUAUGGCUUUUGAUUUUUAAAAAAGAAGCACAUUUUUUCAUUAAUACUGUACAUA